AUGAAGUGUAAGGUUGGCAACAUCGGAGACAGUCGAGUCUUGUUGGGAAGGGCAGAUGGUUCCAUGGUGGAAGGUCCUGGCACUGACGGCGGACUCACCACGGAUCACAAGCCCGACAACAAGGUGGAAGAGGAGAGGAUAGCCCGAACCGGCGGAACAGUUCAGACAAUAAUGGGUGUCGCCCGUGUAAAUGGCGAUCUGGCAGUGAGCCGAGCCUUUGGCGAUGCACAGCACAAGCAGACCGGUGGCCCGGCGCAGGAGGACCAUCCCGUCUCAGCUGAGCCUGAAUUCACGACGAUGACUUGUGCACCUUCUGACUUUCUGUUGCUAGUAUGCGACGGCAUCUCCGAGGGCAACUUUCCAAAUAGAGAGGUUGUCCGGCUGGCAGCGGAAGAGCUGCGGUCCAAAGAUCCCGCGACGGCGGCGGCGGCUGUGUGCCGCAAAGCUCUCGAUUCUGGUUCGAUGGACAACCUCUCCUGCAUGAUUGUUCUGCUGCGACAACGAGAACAGGCAGCAGAGAGUGCAAAAAAGGAGCUGUGGCCAGGACCGUUCAGCGAGCCCACCCAUGGUGCUUUCAGAAAGGCUUACGCGGCAAUGGCAGCACGAGCGGGUUCUACUAUAGAAGCUGCAGUGGAGCAGAGAUACACCAUGGCCUCGCGGCAAGCGAGGGAGAUGAGCAAGCACCGAGAGGUUCAGGACGGAGCAGAGAAGGAGAAAGAAUCCGAGAACGGAGCGGAGUCAUUGGCUACGAUGCUCUGGACCACGCGGAGGGGCCAGGAGCAGGAUAGCCAGGAUCCCGCCAUGGCAGAACUACAAGCUGAGCUGAUCCAGUUUGACUCUGGCCCCCCUGACACACUUGCUGAAGGCAGUGUGGAGCGCAUCCAAUGGUUCAAAGAGUGGCUUGAUGGCACGGAUGUAGUUCCGGCUCUAGACCUUCAAAAUAUGACGCGAGAUGAGCUUCUGAACUUGGUCGAAGAAGAUCCUGAGCUGUUAGCAGUGGCUCGGGCACAGGGUCUUGUUGAUGAGCGCGCCAUGCGAGUUGUGCGAGUGGUCGCUGCAGAUGCACUGCGGCCCGCUGUCGAGGCACACAAGACCAUCAAUUGGGACGAUCGCCUGUUGUCCAUUUGCGAGCAGCGGGGCAAGGUGCUGCAGGAUGAUCCGUCUGACAAGACAGCGCAGGUCAAGUUUCGGGGAAAGAUCUGCGCCAGCGUGUGGCUGCCGUGGGAAUGUUUGGAAGACGAGUGGAUGGAUUUGCAAGACAACUCUUAUCCACUUUCUCGACCUCGAACCGUGCAGGUUGCACCAGUAGACGUACUCCAGAAAGCUGUGGAAGACAACUCCUGGAUCACGUGGAAGGCCGAAAUGGCUUCAUUGGCUGGGCAGUUUGCAAUUGCCAUCGAGGACGAGCCACAGUAUGAGCUGGUCAAGGUUGACUUUGGUGGCAUGUCUCGGUACCUGCCAAGCAGUGCUUUACUGGAAGCAGAUGGCCUGAUUGAGGACUCCGAGGAGGAAGAUGACGACGAUGACAACGAUUCAGGUUUUGAUGAUGAGGAUCAAAGCUUGAAGGAAGUUACGACGUCAAAGGGGGACCCCUCUCUGGAAUCUCAAAAGCGAAAGUCAGACGAAGACUGUGAUGAUGGAUCUCACAAGCAUCAGAAGUGCUGA